UAUUCCCAAUGCAAUAGCUGUGACAGCUAAUUCCACACUGGAUAUCACACAGUUUGUGCCUUGAACAGGUUGUUGCAGGGUUAAAUUACAUCACAUGAAGUUAUAACAAAACAGAAAAGACCUUUGGGAAGUAAUGGCGGAGAUUCAGCCCUCCCCAAGAGUUGCAGGGGGAAGCAAGGGCAAAGGAACUGAUGAUCCUAUCCGGUUCCUGCCUGUACUUCCAUCCAAGCGCAGCAAGCCAGCAUGGCAGUCCAAUCCCCCAGCAUUUUUCUUGUCUGGGAGACCAGAUGAUGAAGAACGUCCAAUUGACCUUGUGGGAGAACUUACAGCAAGAGAUAGUCGGAAGAGAAAACAGCCCAGCAAGUUGAAGCCGAUAGAACCUCACAAACAGCAAGAUGUCAACAUGGACCAGUUCAAACAGCCGAAGAAAGACAGAGAGAACUUCAGAAAGGCUCUUGUGGACAUCAUUAUGCAAGAAGAGAGCCUACCGAGAAGCAGUGCUGGGUCCCCCAAUGGCGAACUGCCCCCACUGUCCCGCACAGGCUCCCCCACUGCUGCCGAGAAGGAUAUCCUGAGAUACUACUACUACAUACACAAUGGUAUCGACACAGAGCAUGUUGCACCGAUGGAAGACUCCUGGCUGGAGAAUGUUCUGUUUCUUGUCCCACCCACACUCAAGGGUGGUCAUGAGGAGACGAUAGAGAACUUGUCAGAUGAGAUGAGAGAAGAUUACCUGCUGAGUGUGAAGAAAGCUAUUGUUGACUUUGUGCUGAAAGAUCCCCGGGAGAAGGAUGAGGACAAAAAGGAGAAGCUGCUGCCUCACCGGGAGGAGCUGGCUGUCGUCCCCAAACCCUGGAACAAGUCAUUCCUUGGUGGUCUGGAGCAGAUGACCCACCAUCUCCAUGUCACUAACCCCUGCAUGCUGCAGGUGCUUGAUGUCUGGCACAUCUCCUUUGGGUUCCUAAGGUUCAUCGACAUCGAGGAGUUUCACAACAGACAGGACUCCAUGGAACUGGCCACCUUCCAGAACCUGUGCAUGAGACACAUUGAGGCUGCCAAAGAGAGGCUGCUUAAAAAAUGGUUCCCGGAGGUGCAGAACAUCUUCUACCAGGGCAACAAGAGGAAGCAGGUGCCUAGCAACCAGGACCAGGAGAUGUUGGAAUCCUUCUUCAACUGUGCAGCUACUCUCAUGACCGACAACCUACAACAGCUGACCCUGAAUUCCCUCAAUGACUACACUGACCUGCUGUGGCAGCCCGAGGAUUCAACACGGGCAUAUGAACAUUCAGGUUUUGUCCUGAGACUGAUCUUGGAUGAAAAUCAAAUCAAGUUUGAACCAACAUUCAAGGAUUUUGAAGUUGUGCUGUUGAACGUCUAUGACGUUGUCAUCAAAGCAUCUGCCGUUGUACCAAGAGUGGAGACCAAACUGUACUCAGAAUGGUUAAAGAAAAAAAAGCGAAAGAAAACUUUUAAUGGCAGCAAGAACAAGGCAUUCCUCAAACCGGUAGUUCUGGAAGAGAUCUUGGAGGAACAUCGGCAGAUGGUACGGGAGCUGAUCAAGAAGGAAAGUGUGGGACCAAGUGAGCACUGUAAGGUGUACGACCAAUACAGCUUCCUCAUCACUAAACAGGCUGAAUCAGAUGUUGAUGAGUUCAUGAAAGAGGAACACAACUUUGAUGAUUAUGCAAAAGAAGUUGCUCGUUUCCACCACCUGACUGAGGAGAUCUCCUUCAACUCCCGCAAGGUUUUGCGUCUGGGGAUGUUUGAGGUCCACUGUGAUGAACUGAUCCGCGCCCUCACAAAGCGAGCUGACACACUGCGAAGCAGACUCUUGGUCCGCAUGUGCAAGGAUCAUCAGGAGGCCAAUAAGAAGCUCUGUGAUGACUAUGAGCAGAUUGCUGAGAAGGCGUUGACCACGCCUGCCAACACAGAUGAGCUGAUGAAGCUGAAACAGUUCAUCGAGAAAGUUGAAUCAGACACCAUCUUUGUCAUGGAGAAGAGGCUUAUGGAGUCCAAGGAUCGUCUUGCGUUCCUGUCAGACUAUGCCCAGUUCAAUCCAGCUGAGAUCCGCGUCAAUGCUCAGGUGUUCAUGUGGCACGGACGGAUGCCUGCAGUGUUCGAGGAACACAAGCUGAUUGUUUCAGAGAAGAGGAACCAGUAUGAAGAUGCUCUCAAACUACGCCGUGACCGCUUCAUCGAGGAGCUGGAGAGUUUUGCCAAGCAGGUGGAAGAGUUCCAGACAUUUGGAGAUAUGUCCGACAUACAGAAGUACCUACGUCGUGCACAGUCCCUCGACACCAAGUUGCAAGCUGCAGCUGAAAAGAUUGAGACGUUCAAUGAGGAGGAGGAGGCGUUUGGCUGGCAGACAACAGCAUACCCUCAGCGACAGACAGUCAUCAACACACUCAAGCCGUAUUUACAGUUGUACGAGACCACUGUAGAAUUUAACUCCAAAUACAAGGAGUGGAUGGAUGGCCCCAUGGGUGGUGUAGACCCUGAUGUGGUGGAUCAAGAGGUGGGCAACAUAUGGCGAGGUCUCUACAAGCUGGAGAAACAGUUUGAUGGUAUUGCUGCUCCCAAGAAAAUAACAGCCAAGGUGAAAGGCAAAGUUGAAGAGUUCAAGGAAAACAUGCCCCUCGUGCAGACCAUCUUCAACCCAGGCAUGAGGGAUCGGCAUUGGGAGCAGGUGUCCGAGAUUGUCGGAUACACCAUCCGUCCCGAUGACUCGUACUGCCUGUCCAAGUUUGUCGAUAUGAACCUGGAUGCAUACAUUACCAAGUUCGAGGGCAUCUCGGAGGCAGCCAGCAAGGAGUACUCUCUUGAGAAAGCUAUGGAAAGCAUGAAGGGAGAGUGGGCUCCGAUUGAAUUCACGAUGAUCCCAUACCGUGAGACAGGAACGUCCAUCUUGUCAUCCAUUGAUGACAUCCAGCAGCUGCUUGACGACCACAUCGUCAAGACCCAGACCAUGAGAGGCUCACCAUUUAUUAAGCCAUUUGAGGCAGAAAUAAAGGACUGGGAGUCGAAGCUGAUGACCCUGCAGGACAUACUGGACGAGUGGCUGAAGGUGCAGGCUACCUGGCUCUACCUGGAGCCCAUCUUCAGCUCCCCGGACAUCAUGGCGCAGAUGCCUGAAGAAGGACGCAGAUUCACCACUGUCGACAAGAACUGGCGUGACAUCAUGAAGUCUGCCAUGAUUGACAAGCAUGUUCUGGCCGUUCUUGAUAUUGACAAGAUUCUUGAAAGGCUAAAGAAGUCAAAUGAACUUUUGGAACUUAUCCAGAAGGGCUUGAAUGAAUACCUGGAGAAGAAGCGACUCUACUUCCCCCGUUUCUUCUUCUUGUCCAAUGAUGAACUGUUGGAAAUCCUGUCUGAGACCAAAGAUCCUACAAGAGUGCAGCCCCAUCUGAAGAAAUGCUUUGAAGGAAUUGCAUCUCUAGAAUUCACGGAUGUGUUGGACAUCACCCACAUGAAGAGUAGUGAAGGGGAGGUGGUUGAGCUGCGUGACGUCAUCUCUACGUCCAAGGCCCGUGGUCAGGUGGAGAAGCAUGCUGGAUUACAAAAUCAAAACUACUUUCUACUGGUAGUAAAAUAUGUAAUUGCCGAAUCUCAGGACGCAUACAUGAAGACACCCAGGGAGUGGGUGAGAGGCUGGUCUGGUCAAGCUGUCCUCUGUGUAUCUCAGAAAUACUGGACAUCAUACAUCCAUGAGUCCAUCAGGAAAGGCCCAGAGGCCCUUGCCGACUACCUGAAGGUGAACAAUGAACAGAUUGAUGAGAUUGUAGCCCUUGUCCGUGGCAAGCUUUCCAAACAGCACCGUGUCACCCUGCAGGCUCUGAUUGUCAUGGACGUCCAUGCUAGAGAUGUGUUAGCCCACCUGGUGGAGACUGGCGUCGAAAGUGAACUGGACUUCAAGUGGUUGAGUCAGCUCCGCUACUACUGGGAGGAUGAUCAGAUGGUGACCCGUAUGAUCAACUCCAUGCUGAAGUAUGGCUACGAGUACCUUGGUAAUACUGGACGUCUUGUUAUCACACCUUUGACUGACAGGUGUUACAGAACCCUGUUCGGAGCUCUACAUCUUCACCUGGGAGGAGCUCCAGAAGGACCGGCUGGAACCGGAAAGACAGAGACCACCAAGGAUUUGGCCAAGGCUGUUGCCAAACAGUGUGUCGUCUUCAACUGUUCAGAUGGUCUUGACUACAUUGCUCUGGGAAAAUUCUUCAAAGGUUUGGCCUCCUGUGGUGCCUGGUCCUGUUUUGAUGAGUUCAACCGAAUUGAUCUGGAAGUGUUGUCUGUGGUUGCCCAACAGAUCCUGACCAUUCAGAGAGGUAUCAGUGCCGGACAGGACACCUUGUUGUUUGAGGGGACAGAGAUCCAUCUGAACCCAACCUGCUCUGUCUUCAUCACCAUGAACCCAGGUUACGCUGGACGUUCCGAGCUGCCAGAUAACCUCAAGGUAGGCUUCAACAUGGUUCAGGUGCUCUGUUCCCGAACUGUGGCCAUGAUGGUGCCGGACUAUGCCCUGAUUGCUGAGAUCUCGCUGUAUUCCUGCGGCUUUGUCCAGGCCCGCCCGCUCUCCGUGAAGAUUGUGGCCGUAUACAGGUUGUGUUCCGAGCAGCUCUCCUCACAGCAUCAUUACGAUCACGGCAUGAGAGCCGUCAAGUCCGUGCUCACUGCCGCUGCAAACUUAAAGCUGAAGUACCCAGAAGAAGAUGAGAAUAUCCUGAUGCUGCGGUCCAUCAUUGAUGUCAACCUCCCCAAGUUUCUCAACCAUGACUUGCCGCUGUUCCAUGGCAUCACAUCUGACCUGUUCCCUGGCAUCAAACUGCCGACCCCAGACUACGAGGUCAUCAACCAGGCAGUGGCCGAGGUCUGCACCAGGAUGAACCUACAGUGCACAGACUUCUUCCUGGAGAAGAUCCAACAGAUUUACGAGAUGAUGAUUGUGCGUCACGGUUUCAUGAUUGUGGGAGAGCCAUUUGGUGGCAAGACAUCAGCAUACCGUGUUCUGGCUGCAGCUCUGGGAGACAUCCAUGAGAAGGGACUGCUGGAAGAAAACAAGGUCCAGAUUAUUGUCAUCAACCCAAAGGCCAUCACUAUGGGACAGUUGUAUGGUCAGUUUGACCCUGUAUCCCACGAGUGGUCAGAUGGUAUCCUUGCCGUGUCCUACAGAUCCUUCGCCACAUCUACAACCCCUGACCGUAAAUGGCUGAUCUUUGAUGGUCCCGUGGAUGCCAUCUGGAUUGAGAACAUGAACACUGUGCUGGACGACAACAAGAAGCUAUGUCUAAUGAGUGGUGAGAUCAUUCAGUUGGCUAACACAACCAACCUCAUGUUCGAACCCAUGGAUCUCGAGGCGGCCUCCCCAGCCACAGUGUCUCGGUGUGGUAUGAUCUACAUGGAGCCCCUGUCCUUGGGCUGGAGACCACUGGUCAAGUCCUGGAUGAACGUCAUGCCAUCCACUGUCACAGAGACGCUCAAGAGCAUCAUCAAUGACAUGUUUGAGAGAUUUGUUGAUGCUUGCCUCCAGUUAGUCCGCAAGGGAGGAGUCAAGGAACUGUCACCAACUAAUGAUUCCAACCUCGUCAAGUCCUUGAUGAACUUGAUGGAUUGCAUGAUGGAUGAAUUCCAAGACGAGGCCAAGAUCUCCCAGAUGGAGGAGAGAGAGGUCGUCACAUGGCUGGAGAGUAUCUUUUUCUUUGCCAUCACGUGGUCAGUUGGUGCCAGCACUGAUGACAAUGGCCGUGUCAAGUUUGACAAACUCCUCCGAGAACUUAUGUCGGGUGGAAUGACAGAGGAGACGAGGAUCGCGCUGAGUCUGUUGGAGUUGGUGGAACCCCCAAUGAAGCCUUACCUCAACCCAUUGCCUCCCAAGGGCAAAGUCUAUGACUACAAGUUUGUGAAGGAGGGUUCUGGCAAAUGGGUACCCUGGAGCGAGGAGAUGAAGGAAGCCCCGCCCAUCUCCAAAGAUGCUGUGUUCAAUGAGAUCAUUGUGCCCACCAUUGACACCAUCCGUUACACCAAUCUGAUGAACAUGCUGGUGCAGCACAGCAAGCCCUGCCUGUUUGUAGGGCCCACUGGCACAGGGAAGAGCUGCUACAUCAUCGACUUCCUCCUGAACAAGCUGGACAAGGAGGUAUACAAGCCCAACAUCAUCAACUUCUCGGCCCAGACCAGUGCCAACCAGACACAGAACAUCAUUAUGUCCAAGCUGGACAGGAGGAGGAAGGGUGUCUACGGACCGCCACUUGGCAAGAAGGCUAUUGCCUUCGUUGAUGACUUGAACAUGCCGAUGCGAGAGACAUAUGGAGCCCAGCCCCCAGUGGAGCUGGUCAGACAGUGGCUUGACCACUGGAACUGGUAUGACCUGAAGGAGGUGGUACCCAUCAAGCUGGUGGACAUCCAGUUCAUGGGAGCCAUGGGCCCUCCAGGAGGAGGACGUAAUCCAGUCACUCCCCGCUUCUUGCGUCAUCUCAACACGGUCACCAUGAAUGAGUUUGAUGAUGACAGCAUGACCACCAUCUUCAGGAACAUUAUGGAGUGGCACAUCUCAGCCAGAGGGUUCAGCAAUGAGUUCAAACCGUGCGUGGACCAGAUCGUGAAUGGAACGCUGCAGGUGUACAGAGAAGCCAUGACAAACCUGCUGCCCACUCCUGCCAAGUCCCAUUAUCUGUUUAACUUGCGAGACUUCGCUCGCGUCAUCCAGGGCAUCCUGCUGUCCACGCCCGACACCAUGGAGGAACCUGCAUCCAUGAAGAGGCUGUGGGUGCACGAGUUGUACAGAGUCUACUAUGAUCGUCUUGUUGAUGAUGGAGAUCGGGACUGGCUCUUUAAUUACUCUGGGGAAGUCAUCAAACAAAAAAUGCGAGAAGACUUUGACCAGCUAUUUAUACAUCUUGAUUCUGACAGUGAUGGCAAGGUUACUGAAGAUGACAUCCGUAGUUUAAUUUAUUGUGACUUUGCUGAUCCUAAAUCAGACAAGAAGGAUUAUGUAGAAGUGCGAGACUUGGAGCAGCUGCGUCAUGUGGUUGAAGGCUAUCUGGACGAGUUUAACAAUCUCAGUAAAAAACCUAUGAAUCUGGUUCUGUUCAGAUUUGCCAUUGAGCAUGUAUCCCGUAUUGCUCGUGUAAUCAAACAACCCAGAAGCCAUGCCCUGUUGGUAGGCGUGGGUGGUUCUGGUCGUCAGUCCCUUACAAGACUUGCAGCUCACAUGGCCGACUACGAUUUACACCAGGUUGAGAUCACAAAGAGUUACACAUCUACAGAGUGGAGAGAAGAUCUGAAGCGGAUCCUGAGGAAAGCAACUGAGACUGAUAACCAUGCUGUGUUCCUGUUCUCGGACACACAGAUUAAACAAGAAUCCUUCCUUGAGGACAUCAACAACUUGCUGAAUGCGGGUGAAGUCCCCAAUCUUUACCCCAUAGACGAGAAACAAGAGAUCUGUGAGAAAAUGCGUCAGAUUGAUAGGCAGAGAGAUAAGGCCAAGCAGACCGAUGGGUCUCCAGUAGCCUUGUUCAACUUCUUCAUCCAGAGGGUCCGAGACCAGCUCCAUGUUGUCCUAGCCAUGAGUCCCAUUGGCGACGCCUUCCGAAACCGCCUCCGAAAGUUCCCCUCCCUCGUCAACUGCUGCACCAUUGACUGGUUCCAGUCCUGGCCCGAGGAUGCCCUGCAGGCUGUAGCUACCCGCUUCCUGGAGGAGAUCGAGAUUGUGGAGGAUGAGCGGGUGGGCUGUAUCAACAUGUGCAAACAGUUCCACACGUCAACCAGGGACCUGUCGGAGAGGUUCCUCCUGGAGCUGGAGAGACACAACUACGUCACACCAACCUCUUACCUCGAACUCAUCAACACCUUCAAGAACCUACUUGAGAAGAAGCGGGGGGAGGUGAUGAAUGCCAAGAAUCGGUAUGAGAAGGGUCUUGAGAAGCUGGACUCUGCCUCAUCCCAGGUUGCGGUCAUGCAGAAGGAGCUGACCGAUCUCCAGCCACAGCUCAUAGAGGCCACCAAAGAUGUAUCUGAGAUAAUGGUCAUCAUUGAGAGAGACUCUGUUGAAGUGGCCAAAGUAGAAAAGGUUGUGAAAGCAGAUGAAGCAGUAGCCAAUGAGCAGGCCAAGGCUGCCCAGUCCAUCAAGGAUGAAUGUGACCAUGAACUGGCCGAGGCUAUCCCGGCCCUAAAUGCUGCUCUUUCUGCCCUUGACACUCUCACAACACAGGACAUCACAGUUGUGAAGAGUAUGAAGAGUCCCCCCUAUGGCGUCCGUCUGGUCAUGGAGACCAUUUGUGUCCUGAAGGGCGUCAAGCCAGACAGGAUCCCAGACCCUGCUGGGACUGGUAAGAAGAUUGAGGAUUACUGGGGGCCAUCCAAGAAAGUCCUGGGUGACAUGAAGUUCCUGGAGUCUCUACAUAACUAUGACAAGGACAACAUUCCAGUGGCUUAUAUGAAGACAAUCAGAUCAAAGUACAUCUCCAACCCUGACUUUGACCCAGAAAAGAUCAAGACUGCCUCCACCGCUUGUGAGGGGUUGUGCAAGUGGGUUCGUGCCAUGGAUACCUAUGACAGAGUUGCCAAGGUAGUGGCUCCAAAGAGAAGCCUUGAAAAAGCAGAGGGUGAACUUGCCGUUGCCAUGGCAUCCUUGGAGAAGAAGAGAGCAUCACUGAAGGAAGUUCAAGACAAGCUCUUCAAGCUUGAGGAGAAGCUGGCUCAGAACAAACAGAAGAAGGCUGAUCUCGAGAACCAAGUUGACCUCUGUCGGAAGAAGUUGGAGAGAGCUGAACAGCUGAUAGGUGGCCUGGGUGGUGAGCGAGAGAGAUGGAGCAUUGCAGCCAGAGAGUUGGGCAAGAAGUAUAUUAACUUGACUGGUGAUGUUCUCAUUUCCUCUGGAAUUGUGGCAUACCUUGGUGCCUUCACAUCAGCUUUCCGUCAGGAACAGGCUGUCCAGUGGCAGAAGCGUGUCAAGGAGAUCGGUAUCCCAUGUUCUGAUGACUUCUCCCUCAUCCACACACUUGGAGAGCCUGUGAAGAUCCGGGCCUGGAACAUUGCUGGACUGCCCACGGACGGCUUCUCAGUGGAGAAUGGUAUCAUCAUUAGCAAUGCCCGUCGAUGGCCCUUAAUGAUUGACCCUCAAGGUCAGGCCAACAAGUGGGUGAAGAACAUGGAGAAAGCCAACAAUCUCCACAUGAUCAAACUGUCUGAUGGAGACUUUGUCCGGACGCUUGAGAACUGUAUACAGUUCGGAACACCUGUGCUGCUGGAGAAUGUGGCUGAGGAGCUGGACCCCAUCCUGGAGCCUCUGCUGAUGAAGCAGACAUUCAAGCAGGGAGGCAGCAUGUGCAUCAAGCUGGGAGACAGUACCAUAGAGUACUCCCAGGACUUUAAGUUCUACAUGACCACCAAGCUGAGGAACCCACACUACCUCCCGGAGGUUGCUGUCAAGGUGACACUGCUGAACUUCAUGAUCACCCCGGAGGGUUUGUCUGACCAACUGCUGGGGAUUGUGGUGGCCAAGGAGCGUCCAGAACUGGAGGAGGAGAAGAACGCACUCAUUCUUCAGAGUGCAGAGAACAAGAGACAGCUACAGGAGAUUGAAGACAAGAUCCUUGAGGUGUUGUCCAGCUCCGAGGGUAACAUCUUGGAGGAUGAGACUGCUAUCAAGGUCUUGUCUUCAUCCAAGAAACUCGCCAAUGAAAUUUCUGAAAGCAGGAAGAUUUCUGAGGAGACAGAGAAGAAGAUUGACACGGCCAGAAUGGGUUACACACCGAUUGCAAUCCACAGUACCAUCCUGUUCUUCUCUAUUGCUGACCUGGCCAACAUUGAGCCUAUGUACCAGUACUCCCUCACCUGGUUUAUCAACCUCUUCACCAUGUCCAUCGAGAGCAUGGAGACAUCGGAGGACCUUACGACCAGGCUGAACAACCUGCACGAUCACUUCACAUACUCUCUGUAUUGCAAUGUGUGUCGUUCUCUAUUUGAGAAGGAUAAGCUUCUGUUCUCCUUCAUCCUGUGUGUGAACAUCCUGAAACACAAGAAGGAGAUAGAUGAUGAUGAGUGGCGCUUCCUGCUCACUGGUGGCAUCGGCCUGGACAACCCACACAGUAACCCAACCACAUGGCUGCCAUCCAAGUCUUGGGAUGAAUUGUGUCGUCUUGAUGAACUUGGACGCUUCAAGGGAAUGCGUCAGAAGUUUGUCAGCUACAAGGAUUCAUGGAAGCUUGUCUAUGAUAGCCCAGAACCCCACCAUGUGAAGUUCCCAGGAGAGUGGGAUGAGAAGUUAGGAUCUUUCCAGAAGAUGUUAGUGCUCCGCUGUCUCCGGUCAGACAAGGUGAUCCCCUGUGUCCAGGAGUUUGUCACGGAGAAGAUUGGGAAGAAGUUCAUCGAACCUCCACCUUUUGACCUGCCCAAGGCCUUUGGAGACAGUCACUGCUGUGCCCCACUGCUGUUUGUCCUGUCCCCUGGUGCUGACCCCAUGGCUGCACUGCUCAAGUUCGCUGAUGACCAGGGCUUUGGUGGUGCCAAGUUUGACUCCCUCUCCUUGGGUCAAGGUCAAGGUCCUAUUGCCCUGCAGAUGAUAGAGAAGGGUGUGAAGGAGGGAACCUGGGUCAUGCUGCAGAACUGUCAUCUCGCAGCUUCCUGGAUGCCCACAAUGGAAAAGAUCUGCGAGGAGUUCAACCCUGAGACCACCCACCCUGACUUCCGGCUGUGGCUGACCAGCUAUCCAUCAACCACCUUCCUCUCCAUCCUACAGAACGGGGUCAAGAUGACCAAUGAACCACCCAAAGGUCUCCGGUUCAACAUCAUCAAGUCCUACCUUAGCGAUCCUAUCUCAGACCCUGAGUUCUUUGCUAGUGUCAAAAAUGAGGCCUGCUGGAAGAAGCUGCUGUACGGCCUGUGCUUCUUCCAUGCUCUGAUUCAAGAGAGGAGGAAGUUUGGUCCGCUGGGCUGGAACAUCCCAUAUGAGUUCAACGAGACAGAUCUCAGGAUCAGUGUCCGUCAGCUGGCCAUGUUCCUCAAUGACUAUGAUACCGUCCAGUUUGAUGCCCUGCGCUACCUGACCGGAGAGUGUAACUACGGUGGUCGUGUCACGGAUGACUGGGAUCGACGAACUCUGCUCACCAUCCUCAACAAAUUCUACUGCUUUGACAUCAUCGAGCGUGAGGACUACUACUUCGAUGUCAGCGGUCUCUUCUACUCCCCACCCACAGGAGAUUAUGAGAGCUACAUGGAGUACACGAAGAACUUGCCCCUGAAUCCAUCCCCGGAGAUCUUCGGUAUGAAUGCCAACGCUGACAUCACCAAGGACCAGAAGGAAACUCAGACGCUGUUUGACAACAUCCUACUCACUCAGGCAAGAGCUUCAGCAAAGGGAGGUAAAUCUACUGACGAUGUUGUGGAUGAGGUUGCGGCAGACAUCUUGUCGAGACUACCCAGCAACUUUGAUACUGACGCAGCUCUGCGUAAAUACCCGACAUCUUACAAACAGAGCAUGAACACUGUGCUUGUACAAGAGAUGGUUCGCUUCAAUCGACUGCUCAUCACAGUCAGAGCCAGUCUCAUCAACAUCAGGAAGGCUAUAAAGGGUCUGGUGGUCAUGUCGUCAGAGCUAGAGGAGGUGGUGCUGAGCAUCCUCAAGGGCAAGAUCCCCGGGAUGUGGAUGAAGAGGUCCUACCCAUCCCUGAAGCCAUUGGGCAGCUACGUGAAUGACUUCCUGACUCGUCUCAAGUUCCUCCAAGACUGGUACGACACUGGCCCACCAACUUGCUUCUGGGUGUCAGGAUUCUUCUUCACACAGGCCUUCUUGACUGGAGCUCAGCAGAAUUAUGCCAGGAAGUACACCAUCCCCAUCGAUCUCCUCGGCUUUGACUAUGAAGUCCUUGAUGAUAAGGAGUAUGAUGAGCCCCCUGAAGAUGGUGUGUAUGUGUAUGGUCUCUAUGUGGAUGGCGCCCGAUGGGAUCGCAAGGGCAAGAGACUUGCAGAGUCAUUACCAAAGGUCUUGUUUGACACCAUGCCACCGCUUUGGCUGAAGCCCUUGAAGAGAUCCGACAUCCCAGACAAGCCUGUGUACAAGUGCCCAGUUUACAAGACCAGUGAGAGAAGAGGGACAUUGUCCACUACUGGUCACUCCACAAACUUUGUUAUUGCCAUGAUGAUUCCAUCAGACAAACCAGAAUCACACUGGAUCGGACGUGGCGUUGCUUUGUUGUGUCAGUUGGACAACUAGCUGACACUGUGGAAACAGCUUUAUUGUUACCAUGGCAAUGUUGUGUUUUUGUUUUGCCUUUGAAGAAAGUAUAUCAUUUCUAGUUUUUGCGAUUAAUGAAAUAUUGCCAUUCCUUGGUCAUGAAAACCGAAUUUUACCAUUCAGUAAUGGGUAUUUUCUUUAUAUAUAUGAAGCAAAUGUAAAACAAAUGUAAAACAAAUAUUAUCUACCAAACAAUGCAGUUUUUGCUGUUUGUGUACAUGUUCAUGUAUGGACAUGACACUGUGAUAUCUAUUUUGUUUGUUUUUAUGCUGUAUAUUAUUAUUCCGUGUUGCAAACAUUAUUUGUUUUAUACAUGAUAAAUGGCUGAUAAUUUCAGUAUUGCCAAAGUUUGAGAGAAGGGGUAAGAUAAUCCAUCCAAUAUUUGUGUGUAUUUCAGUAUUAUUUUGUUUAGUUUUAAAUCCAACAGAUGUUUAAUAGUCUGUUCACAAGUCAGCAUCCACUGUUUUCUACCUCUGGGAGUCAAUUAUGUCUCAUUAUACAAUAGCAAGUCUUUUAGUUUCCUGAUAAUAGUUAGAUGUAAUAGUCAUAUUUGAAAAUUACCAAAUGUUUAAAGUCAGGAAUUUUUGGAUACAAGUUUGUGCUCCUGGUUGUUUUACUACAUCAAGACUUUUUUUGUCAGAAUUCUGAUAACCAUCACUGUGAAAUCAGAAUACAUCUAUGGACAUGUCCAUUUAUAAACAGUUGCCAGUCAUUUUCAGAAUGUUUGUAUAAUAAUCCAAUGACAGAAUGUUAUCAAUAUACAGACUACUAUUAAUUUCAGUGUAUUCACAGGUUUCAUCAUUGUUAACAGGUCUCUGCAUAUUUUAUUGAAAGAACAAAGGCUAAAAAACCCUGCAACAAUUAAACCUUCUGAUGAAUCUGAACUUGUGAGUUAAUUAUAUCUAAGAUGUAGUGACUGAAUUCCCUGAAUUUGAGCUUUUUAUGAUUUGUGAUAGGAUUUUGCAAUGAUUCCGUCCUCAGCAUUGGAAGUGUGCUGUUUAGAAGUGUUUUGUGGAGUAGCUAUUUCUAUACAUACUGUACAUAUCUUGCUCAUCUGUGAUAUCUAAAUUGUACAUAUUGAGAUAUGUUUAUUAUUUUCUAUUGACAAGUUGUUCACUGUAUACUGACCAUAUUACUAUAGUUGCUGUGAAUAUAAUUCUGUACUUACAGAUACUAGAACUGUCACUCAAUAUCAUGUAGGUUUUGUGCAUGAAACAUUGGGAAAUAAAGAAUGCAGUUUGAAAGUGAAUAUGAAGUCAAUAAAAAUAUUAAUAUGA